GCGGGGGAUCCUGGGCGGUAUACCCGGGUCUGGGGUGGCCUUGGAAAGAGAAGGGGGCCUGCUCCCACGACCGGUGGGAUAACCCGGGGCCAAGGUCAGGCUACGGCCCGGGUCGCCCCGCCGCCACCCCGGGUCCACGUGGGGAGCAGGCCGGCGAGGCUGGCGCGGCGCCCACGCCCGUAGCUGGGAGAGCAGGAAGUAGUCUUCCGCGGGCGCGGCCCUGGGCGCGGCGCUGCAGGUGCGGCUCAAUGUGGCGCGGUCCGGCGGCAGGUGCAGAGGAGGGGGGCCUCUCUGAAGCGGUCAAAGAUCCUGCACAUGGCACUGAUGGGGACUUCCGACCCCUCCGGAGAGGCAGAGGCCAGCCACGAGAAGCCCUUUGUGCUGCGGGCACUGCAGAUCGCUCUGGUAGUCUCUCUCUACUGGGUCACGUCCAUCUCCAUGGUGUUCCUUAACAAGUACCUGCUGGAUAGCCCCUCCCUACGGCUGGACACCCCCAUCUUCGUCACCUUCUACCAGUGCCUGGUGACCGCGCUGCUGUGCAAGGGCCUCAGCUCACUGGCCACCUGCUGCCCUGGUACCAUGGACUUCCCCACCCUGCGCCUGGACCUCAGGGUGGCCCGAAGCAUCCUGCCCCUGUCGGUGGUCUUCAUCGGCAUGAUCACCUUCAAUAACCUCUGCCUCAAGUAUGUGGGUGUGGCCUUCUACAACGUGGGCCGCUCACUCACCACCGUCUUCAAUGUGCUGCUCUCCUACCUGCUACUCAAGCAAACCACCUCCUUCUAUGCCCUGCUCACCUGCAGCAUCAUCAUUGGUGGCUUCUGGCUUGGUGUGGACCAGGAGGGCGCAGAGGGUACCCUGUCUUGGACGGGCACCCUUUUUGGCGUGCUCGCCAGCCUCUGCGUCUCACUCAACGCCAUCUACACGAAGAAGGUGCUCCCGGCGGUGGACGGCAGCAUCUGGCGUCUGACCUUCUACAACAACGUCAACGCCUGCGUCCUCUUUCUGCCCCUGCUCCUGCUGCUGGGGGAGCUCCCGGCCCUCUACAACUUCCCCCAGCUGGGCAGCGCCCACUUCUGGGGCAUGAUGACGCUGGGCGGCCUGUUUGGCUUCGCCAUCGGCUAUGUAACAGGACUGCAGAUCAAGUUCACCAGUCCCCUGACCCACAACGUGUCCGGCACAGCCAAAGCCUGCGCCCAGACGGUGCUGGCCGUCCUCUACUACGAGGAGACGAAGAGCUUCCUCUGGUGGAUGAGCAACAUGAUGGUGCUGGGAGGCUCCUCCGCCUAUACCUGGGUCAGGGGCUGGGAGAUGAAAAAGACUCAGGAGGAGCCCCGCCCCAAGGAGGAGGAGAAGAGUAACGUGGAGGUGUGAGCUUCUCCGGAGACCCUGCGAUGGCCCCGCCCAGCCCAGGGAGAAUGCCCAUGAAUGCAGUGAAGGUGUCUCUCUGGACCCAGAGACAGUGGCCUUACAGACCUGAUGGGAAUCUGGUGGUUGAAAUGGAACCAGUGUUUCCAAGUGAUGUCAGAAAGUUGCCAAACCUGUCUCGACCCCCUUUCCUAUUUCUGGGUUUCUGUCCUCCCCUAGGGAGGAGGGUCCCCCAUGGGAUCUGGAAGAGCACCAGCUCUCUGGGAGUAGGAGAGGGACAGCACCCCUUCCUGUCCCCCUGCCAGGGCCUCCUACCUCCACAUGACCUUUGGGGUUGGGAACAGGCCACAACCUUUAAGGGACAGUAUUGGCAAAGCCAUUAUGUCUUCACUUGGACUCAGGGGAGAUGGGGGUGUGACCCCACCACAGGCUUAGGAUUUGGGAAACCUCACACCUCUGUGCCCCGGGGCAGGCAGCAUAGCUUUGGCCCACCCCAAACCAGCCUUCUUUUGGAGGAAAGUGUAGGUUGGGCUGAGGGAGGAAAUGGACAAACAUUCUCUCUUCUCUGCAUUGAGACAAGCAGCCCCCGUGCAAGGGGGUGAAGGAUCAGCGGUACCCGAGCCUGGCCCAGGCACCUGCAGGGGCUGCUGGGAAGUGGCCUGGGAGUGGGCUGCAUCAUGGGAGAGCGCCUUUUCCCUGCGCCCUUCCCCCCCCCACCCGCUGUCUGCACCCCACGUUUCCACUGUUUGAAUGUGGCAGUCAUUAACACCCUCCCGCAGUUGCUAACACCAGUUUUGCCCGCCUCACUCCCCUGCCCCUGAGGGGCAGCUGCCACCUGGCACAAACAACUACCUGGCUCAGGUAACAGCCCCCCAGAAGUGGAGGCAGGGAGGCGCUUUGGCUUCUCCCAACUCUGCCUCUCCAGGGCAUGCUGAUGGAGCCAGGGUCAGCUCAGAGCCUUCCACCUAAGCUGUGCUGGGCCCCCCAAGAUCCAGGUCCCUGCAGGGCAGGUGUUGUAACCUGAUCUUGAUGAAGGUGUUAAGCUAACAAUUACAAACUUCCCUGAGUUUGGGGCCAAAAGAAUCUUCCCUUCCCCUCACCAUACCCUCCGGGCCUGAGGGUGGCUUUCACAACUCCUGUCCCUUCUGUUGCGUGUUUUGUUCCACCAAGUGGAACAAAACUCCUUGGGGUAACUCCUGAUGUUUUCAGCCCCUGUAACGAAAGGCUGGGGAGAGAGGGUCUUCUCACGAGUACUCUCUUCCAGUCCCCGCACAAUCCCAGGUGGUUUCUAAUGAAGUUGGUGGGGCCUGAUUCCCUGAAUUGUGUGUGAUUUAAUUAAAAAUCAGAGUAAGACAUCCUGUGUGUGUGCAGCGAGAAGGGACAGGCAGGGUCUGGCUGGGAUUUAUGAACGAAGGCUCAUCCCUGCCAUCGCCAAGCCUGGGUUCUAGCAGGACAGCCCUUCUAAGAAUCUGUUCUCCCUCCAGGCAAGGGGUUGAUCCAAAUACCAAGACUCCUUCCAGACCUCAGGUUUCAUAUUGGUGCUUGUUGCCAUUUACUGGGCACUUGCUGGAGGCAAGACACUGCUGAGUCCUCUAUUCCAUCAUUCAUCUCCACAACCCUCCCACGCGCCUUGAGGUGGGCACCAUCACUGAUCCCCCAUUUUACAGAUGAGGACACUGAGGCUCAAGGAGGAGCACAGGAAGGAAGAGGCAGCAGUAGGAUUCAGACGGAGGUCUCUGCCUUCAGAGCACAGGUACUUAACCACAAUGCCCUUAACUGUACCCAGCAUUUUUUGAGCAUCUACUAUGUGCCAGGCACUGUGGUAGAACAUACUGGUAUGAAGACCCAAAUCUGCUUCAAGGGUCUCGAAUAUAAACACACAUCAAGGUCCCCAUAACAGAUGCAGUAUUGCCCUGAGGUCUCAGAAGAUGGAGAGACCAAGUCUUCACACGGGCCAAGAUGUUUGAACUGAAUAUUGCUGGGCAAGUAGGGGGCUCCAGGAGCAAGGGUAGACUGGCCCAGGAAACAAGGUUAAGCUGAGGAAAGAGCACUUGGUGGGGGGAGGGUGAAUAGAAAAGGAGGGUGGUGGGGCUUCCCUGGUGGCGCAGUGGUUGAGAAUCUGCCUGCCAAUGCAGGGAACACGGGUUCAAGCCCUGGUCUGGGAAGAUCCCACAUGCCGCGGAGCAACUAGGCCCGUGAGCCACAACUACUGAGCCUGCGUGUCUGGAGCCUGUGCUCCGCAACAAGAGAGGCCGCGAUAGUGAGAGGCCCGCGCACCGCGAUGAAGAGUGGCCCCCGCUUGCCGCAACUGGAGAAAGCCCUCGCACAGAAACGAAGACCCAACACAGCCAAAAAUAAAUAAAUAAAUUUAAAAAAAAAAAAAAAAAAGGAGGAUGGGCCAUGGCAUGAACAGCCUUGAAUGCAGUGGUCAAUCUGGACUUGAUUCUAAACGAUUUUAAAACCAUCACCAGGUCCCUUAAACAGAGAAGGGACAUAAUCGUUUCUGCACCCUUUGUAUGAUCAGAAAAUUGAGAUAACAUUCUUAAUGUUAGUUGCACUUUCUUGAACAAGAUUCAAGAAAACCUAAAUAGUUUGAAAAAAAUUCAGGCAGCCUUAACUCUCAGGACACAACUGAAGAGCCUACUGGGCAAGACCCCCACACAGAAAAGCACAAAGAUGUGCAGUGUAUGUGGAUGGGUUUGAAUCCACACGCGGCAGAAGACCCCAGUUCUGAUGCAGAUGAAGCCCAGGGAACAGCCAGAGCCAGCUUUCCAGCAUCCCAGCAUCUCCCACAGUCAGCACCGCUGCCCCCAGCUCAUCUCUAUGGUAUUUAAAGGAGCCAAGACCACCUCCAGGAAUGUGUCCCCUGCAAGCAGCAGAAGAGGUGCUCCUUCCCCUGCAAACCCACUGUUCCCCUUCUCUCUUGUCCCUUUUUUUUUUUGAACAAAUUGUCUUUUGUUUGUGACAUACAAAUACAACCAAUGGAAAAAGAGAUCACUUUCUCCCGUUGAUUCCAGUGAUAACAAGUUGCUAAAGAAAAAAUGUACCUAUCAAGAAGGAGUUUCUCUUCAAAGUUUCCUCUAAAAUAAAAAGCCAGGAAGGGUUAAAAAGAACCAUAUAAAUGUCAUAUACACAUCUGACAUCAACAAAGAUAACCUGAAAUAGGGUGGAUACAACUAAAAGAAAAGAAAAAAAAAACUCAGAAAGUAUAUUUUAACUUGCCCCAAACAACAAACAAAAAAAAAGCCUGGUACAAAAGGCAGGGAUGUGGAAGUCAGCCUGCCCAGCAAAAAAAAAUUGGUGGGUGAAGAUGGAGAAUUUAGGAACAGUGAGCUGGGCCAACACUGCAACACGCCUCUGCUUCAGAAUGCAUCGCUCUUCACUUCUGUUUUUGAAGAGCACUUGACCAGGAGUCAGGAGACCUGGGUUCCACUUCUUAGAAGCUAGAGGGCCUCAGGCAAGUCCCCUAACCUUUCCAGGCCUCACUUUUCCUAUCUGAGAUAUGGGGAUAAUCCUUGUCCAUCCUGCCACACAAAAUGAUUGUGAAUUAAUGCUCAGCAUCGUUCUGGAAAUACAGUGAGCUAUUGUUCUUAUCAACAUCAACAAACAACAAUCUCUUGGAGUAUUAACUGUGCGUCAGGCACUAGGGAGACAAACAGUGGACAAGACACUAAAAACAAGUAAACAAAUAAAUACAGCAUGUUGAGGACAAUGAAGAAAACAAAAAAGCCAAAAUGGAGAAUAUCAGAGGGGAACCUUCUCUAGACAAAAGAAUCAGAGAAGUCCUCUCUCUGAGCACAUUUAACCUCAGACGCAAAUGAUGGGAAGCAGCCCGCCACAGGAAGAGCUAAAGAAAGGGCAUCCCAUGCAAAGGCCCUGAGGAAGGAAGAGUUGGGUGUGGUCCAGAACCAGAGAGAAGUCCAGGCGGGUAGGAGCAGAGUUGGGGAACCAGCUAUUCCCAGGGGACAAAAAAAUCCCAGGAAUAAGGACUUCCCUGGUGGCACAGUGGUUAAGAAUCUGCCUGCCAAUGCAGGGGACACGGGUUUGAUCCCUGGUCCGGGAAGAUCCCACAUGCCACGGAGCAACUAAGCCUGUGCACCACAACUACUGAGCCUGCACUCUAGAGCCCGCGAACCACAACUACUGAGCCCACGUGCCACAACUACUGAAGCCCGCAUGCCUAGAGCCCGUGCUCCGCAACAAGAGAAGCCACCACAAUGAGAAGCCCACGCACCACAACGAAGACGAGCCCCCACUCGCCACAGCUAAAGAAAGCCUGUGCGCAGCAACAAAGACCCAAUGCAGCCAAAAAUAAAAAUAAAUAAAUUUGUAUUUAAAAAAAAUCCCAGGAAUAGGAAAGGCGGAAGAGACAGACUUGGCAACUUUCUGACAUUACUUGGAAACACUGGCUCCUUUUGGUUCCACUCACCAUGGGGUGGAGAGGAGGUCAGAGACCAAGUUCCAGCCGGGGAGCACCUUACUGACCACAGCAAGGAGGUUAGAUUUAUUCUCAGUGCCUGGGGAAGCCACUGGGAGUGCCAUGACUGGUUUAUAGCUUAAAAAGUUCCCUCUAGCUGCUGUGAGGAGAAUGAAUUAGAUAAAUCAGUUAACCUCUCUGAUCCUUUUCCUCAUAUGAAAGAAAAGAAAGUUCUAAUUAAGAGAUAAUAUGUUGAUUUAAGGAGUCAACAUACAUGAAAUUUAGUUACUAGAUGAGAAAACUGAGGCCCCAAAGGGUCAAAUGACUAGUCCGGGACACCAAUGACAAAACAGUGUGGUACUCAGCCCUGCUGGCCCCCCUGUCUGAUUUGCUUCCCACAGCGGCCUCACCAGAUGCAGCCCUCGCCCAGACCACCCCCCCGCCCCACAAACCUUGGCUCCUGUGAAAGUGCUAAAUUUAGGACCUGAAACCAGCUGAAAUGGGACAGCAGAGCCUGCUGCACGGAAGCACCUGGUCCAGGUGUGCUGGGAGCUUAGGUGAAGGAAGGCUAUGGGUGGUGUGGGGCAGGCAGGGGUGGUUACUAGCGUGGAGACGACAGCAGGAUGUCCGGCACCUGGUGCGCACAGGUGGGGAAUUUAUAACAUGAGAGCUGGGAAUGAGUUGGGAAAUCAGAGUCCAGCCCCAGAUUCCACAGACAAGCCUGAGGCUCAGAAUGCAUGACAGACUUGCCCAAGGCCGCAGUGCGAUGGAACCCAGACCCCUCCUCCCAGGCCAGUGCCCUUUCUCUAAGCAUCAUCAUCAUCAUUUUUAGAAAUAAUAAUAAUCACCAUGAUUAUUAUUAUUGCUAGCAAUUGUUAGAUACUCACCACAUGCCAGGUGCUAUUCUAAGCACUUGACCCGUAUUAACAUCUGCAACGGGUACUAUUAACAUCCCCCUUUCACAGAUGAGGGAACCAAGACACAGAGAAAUUAGCAACGUGACCCAAAUCACAGAGCUAGGUUCCCUCUCUGCACAGUGAGACUGAAUAUACAAACGGACAUUGGCCAAACCAUAUAUGAUAAUAGAACUCUGACCCACAGCUUCGGCAGCAAUCAGCUCUGGAACCCAAACCAAUACCUCCACAGACAUGAGCCCAGGACAGUUAGGAUCUGGGGAACGACUACCUGUUUCGCUACUUUGGCCCGCACCCCCUACUUCCAACUAAGGACCAACCAGUCACAUAAGGCGCCCUGCCCCCUUGUAAUCAGCCCACCUCCAGCUUCCCCAUCGGUUUAACAGCCUCCUGUAGCCUUCCCUUUUCUCACUAUAAAGCUUUCCCAUUCCUCGGCCUGCCUUCAAAUCUUUGCCAUGUUACAAGUGAUGGUGGCCGACUCCCCGGCUAGAGCAAGCCCCGAAUAAAUAGCCUGUUUGUUCUCA